UAUUGGUUUCGGAAAAUGCACGUCAAAAUUUGCCGUUUUAUACAAGUAGUGGUAGAAUUCUAAAACAAAACAUGUCCCAACCUCGCCAAAACAGCCUUCUGUCCGGGAUACAAGCCGUUCGUCUGUUCUGGUCCGUUCACAAUCAAAGGCGUCGCUCCAGCCAGCUCAGUCAGCUAGCACGUAGUCAAAAUGGCUCGACGGAUGAUGACGAUGAGCCGGCCGGUAAUGUCCGCGAAGACUCGAUAAUGGAGCCGAAAAUCUGCCGCAUUUGUCGGCUAAGCGACGAAACGCUGGUUGAAAGUAUCUGCGACUGUAAGGGCUCAAUCGGAUUCAUGCACGAGCGCUGUCUUCGACUGUGGACCGUCUACCAGCGCAGUCAGGUGUGCGAGAUUUGCCGGUGCAGGUUCCGCUGGGACUGGGAUGCACAGCUGUCGGUUAAACAAAGCAACCCCAGCUUGGUGGCCAACUUUUUCCGUAGACGAUACUUUUGGGUGCUGCUGAGGGACAUGCUCAAUUUUAUGGUCUUAUUUGGCGUAUCGGUGCUGCAGAAUGCUAACAUAUUGAGCAUGAUUCACGAUGAGAGUGAUCAUGGUUUCACGCCCAUUCUUCCUCUGGCAGUGAUAUGUGCUUCCUGUUACGAUCUCUACUUCACUCGGUGGUUGAUAAAUCGAACGUUGAAAGCUUAUAAUUUGGUACGAGAAUACUGGAUUAUGGCACACGAUGACGAAUUUCUGGGAUACUUCAACGAAGAGUUUGCGGUGUUCGGGGAAAAUCAAUCGGAGAUCGAGAGUAUGCUUCUUGCGGAGUACGAAUCGCCGGAUUGAAGAAUUACGAUGUUUUCGAGAAUAUUACAACUCACAUCAUAAAGUGAGUAACGUAUCCUUCAUUUUCCGAAAACAUGCACCAGUAUGCUGCUGCUUACCUUCCUUCCAUACCGGAGAUGCAGCUGGUUGUAAAGUCAAUUUUGAAUGCAUGCAGAGGAAAUUUAUUGCAUUCAUAAUUUAUGAGCCAUUGCUAGCGGAUACCAAAACCAAGCUGCUUCGUCGUAAUGAGUUUCGCAAGUAAUCACAUGUGACUAUCCAAACUGCUGAAAGUGUGCGGCUAGAAGUAAUUUACCUCAUGAACUAGUCGACAACGUCAUGUUUUGUGGAAUAAUAUUCGUAAAAAAACGAAAAGGAGAAUAUAUAUUGUA